AUGCUGUGUAGGCAUUCCUGCGCAGCUGGUGCUGUGGUGGUGCCUGAAAGUCCCAGACCAAAUUGUGCACAGAAGACCCGAGUGGUGGAUGCGAGGCAGAAGCUUCUACCUGCUUUUGACUAUGGCGGUCCUGUGAACAGGGCGUGCUGGCUGUCGUUUGGGUUGGCUGCCUCUGCUGCUUUGCAGAAGAACCUUGCUCGAUCAAAGCGAUCUCAGCCACGCACUAUAUUGAACAGUGAGCAGUUCGGAGUUGAGGAAGCUUCUGCACAAGAAGUUGCGGAGUAUGAGGAAGAGAAGGCAAUUGAAGAUGCCGAGGAGGCUGCAGAGCGCCGGACCGACCCCCAGGGCCCCCGUGACGUGGAUCUGGCCCGGCUACGAAUUUGGGCCCGAUCAAAUAGACAGUUCAAAGUCCAUCCUGCCAUUGCAGUGCAAGAUUCGCGACUGGUGGUCUCGGCACGAAUCGAGAAGGACAGCCCACUCAUUGGCGUUAUGCCCGAGGCGCUUCUCUCCGCGAACCAGGGAGCCAAGGCCGAGGAGGAUGACAAGAUUGGGGGUGCACUGGAGCUUGCCUGGCGGAUGUUGCUUGAGAACGGGUUUGUGGCGGCCACCGGGAUGGUUAUACAGCUUUCAGAGUCGGAUAUCACAGUGGAAGCCUUCCUAAAUUUAGAACUGGUGGAUGAGCUGCAGGAUGUGGUGAUUCAACGGCAGAUUCGGUCAUUGUCCGAUCGUGUGAAUGACUGGUUCACUCGAAGAUGCUCAGAGACUGGGGUAGAUUCCAGUCAGCUUCGCACCGAGUACUUGCAGAGCUUUUCUGUAGCCAUGAGCCGUGCCAUCUUCGUACAGGACAAGUGGGUACUGGUGCCUGUCAUUGACUCCGUUGAGGUACCUGGAACAUCCACAGAACCGGGCCAACCGGUGAUGGAAGCAAACUGUCGUGUGGAAGUGGAAGACAUGGGAGAAGGUCGUCAGCUGUUGAUGUUGGUGGCAAGUUGUAAUCUCAAGGAGGGUGACGUGAUGGUGCGUGCUGUUCCUGCAACGGCCGAAGACAUGCUGCUGCAGCAUGGAGCUGUGGUUGAAGCCGAUCUGAGUACAGAGCUGUCUCUGAAGGCUUAUUUGUCCGAGUCCUCCCAAGCACAAGCUGUGCAGCGAUUGGUUUCAGGGGCGCUGCCAGGACGCUUGUUUGGCGAUGUCAUUGUGCCAGGACUGGUGAAACCUUAUGCUCGCUUCGAUGGUGACGGUGGAACGCGUAUGGAUGACGUCGCAGCAGCGGUUGGUGACACUUUCCUGUACGCAGCACUGCUUCUUUCAAGCAACACGGAGGAACCUCAAAAGCUUGAAGCUGGCCAAAUCCGCGACGAGUUUCUCUCCCUGGCUGGUGCGCAAAAGCGCGGCUGUCUCCAAGAACUGUUGCAGCUGAUGAACAGCUGCCUUGGAGAAUUCCCCACAUCACCGACAGAAGAUGAGAAGCUACUACGCUCGGUAAGGGGUUGCCGACGCCUGGCCGUCUCGUUCCGCCUUUACCGAAAGCAAGCGCUGAGGCAACUUAUUGAAGAGGUCCAGGAAGCCGCUGACAGGGCCCAGGAUCGUGGUGGGCUGCCAUUCGCUGUGCUUGGGAAACGGUGA